AUGGCGAUUGGUGUUUUUGGAGAGAACUAUCUGCUUCUCCUCUUCUGUAUUCUUUUUACAGUGGAUGUAGCUUUCCAUCAUGGUGGUGAACCACUUAAAUCUUUGGUGUUGUGUGUUUUCUCUGUUUUUCGUUUUAUUCUACAAAUUGCCAUUCUGGGGAUUGCAGUUGAGGCUUUAUCCUAUGAUUAUUCAGCAACCAUCGAGUGUUUGGCAGAACCUCUCAAACCCCAAUAUGGAGGAGGGAUCAUAAAAAACCCGGAGUUGAACCAUGGUUUGAGUGGCUGGACCGUAUUUGGGAAUGCAAAAAUAGAGCAUCGCUCAUCAGAGAAAGGCAACAGUUUCAUUGUUGCUCAUAGUAGAAGCAAGCCCUUUGAUAGCUUCUCCCAAAAGCUUUACCUGCUUAAGGAUAAGCUUUACACCUUCUCUGCAUGGGUACAGGUGGUUAAAGGAAAUGAGGCAGUGACUGCUGUUUUUAGCACAAAUGGAGUUAUGAUACAUGCAGGUGCAGUUCAUGCUGAGUCAGGUUGCUGGUCCAUGCUUAAAGGUGGCCUCACUGUGAACUCAUCUGGACUUGCUGAACUCUAUUUUGAGAGCAAGAAUGCAACAGUAGAGAUAUGGGUUGAUAGUGUCUCAUUACAACCAUUCACCAAGAAACAAUGGAGGUCGCACCAAGAUCGAAGCAUUGAGAAGGUACGUAAGAGAAAGGUGAGAUUCCAAGCAGUAAAUGCUGAUGGAAAAACUUUUGCAGGUGCAAAAAUCUCCAUACAACAAAAGAAAGCAAGCUUUCCCUUUGGCAGUGCCAUAAGUAAGGAAAUCAUAGACAACCCUGCCUAUAAAAGUUGGUUCAUCCCCAGGUUCAGUGUCACCACCUUUGAAAAUGAGAUGAAAUGGUAUAGCACUGAGCCCUCUCCUGGUAAAGAAGACUACUCAGUUCCUGAUGCCAUGCUUGCCAUUACCAAACAAUCUGGAAUUUCAGUAAGAGGUCACAAUAUUUUAUGGGAUGACCCAAAGUUUCAACCCAAUUGGGUUCAAUCACUUUCCCCUGAUCAACUAAGGCAAGCAACAGAAAAGAGGAUUAAUUCCAUUGUGACAAGAUAUAAAGGACAAGUUAUUGCAUGGGAUGUUGUUAAUGAAAACUUGCAUUUCUCAUUUUAUGAAGAUAAGUUAGGGAGUAAUGCUUCUGCUUCUUUCUAUCAAAUGACACAUCAACUUGAUGGUGGCACAACAUUGUUUAUGAAUGAAUACAAUACUAUAGAAGAUAGUAGAGAUGGAAUGUCAACACCAGCCAAGUAUCUUGAGAAGUUGAGGGAGAUUCAAUCAGCUAAUCCUGGGCAGAUUGGAAUUGGGCUCGAGUCUCAUUUCCAAACACCUAACAUUCCUUAUAUGAGAUCUUCUCUUGAUAUUCUAGCAGCAGCAAAGCUUCCCAUUUGGAUCACAGAAUUGGAUGUUGAAAGUAACCCAUCUCAGGCACAGUUCUUGGAAGAGAUUCUAAGGGAGGCUCAUGCCCAUCCAGCCAUCAAUGGAAUUGUUAUAUGGGCAGGUUGGCAUUCUGAGGGUUGCAACAAGAUGUGCUUGACAGAUAACAAUUUCAAGAACCUUCCAACAGGUGAUGUAGUGGACAAGUUGAUCAAUGAAUGGACACAAAGAAACCUUGUUGGUUCAAUAGACAACAAUGGAACCUUUGAGAUUUCACUCUUUCAUGGAGACUAUGAUGCAACACUCACUCACCCAUCUGCGAAUUCCAACUCAACUCGGAGCUUCAAAGUGACAACAGGAACCUCUGAGGAGACAAUGCUCCAUGUUCAUGUUCAUGAUGUAUGAGAAUGUGUUAUUACACCUCUACUUUUGAUAUGAACCAUGAGACACUUGUUGCACCAAUUUUGGGCAAUAAAA